AUGAGGUUCAUUCUGCCUCUUCUAAUUUGCAUCACAGCAGCUUUUCUUGCAUAUCGUCCCUCAAUUCUUGACUCUACUGUCACGUUAUUGAAUCAAAACAUUCCUGAAUUUGUAUCACGCUUCUUUGCAAAUACCAGCGACGACAUAGUCAGCCCCGAGUCUCCAAGUACAUCUAUCGAUUUGGAACUGGAAUUUCCUAUUACCAUUGUUGCACCAGUCACCAACAUGUCCACAGCUCGUGCGAUCCGUCAAGUUUUCCUUGCCAUUGAGCAAGCAGAGGGGGCUGGCGCGCGAGUUCGCCGUUCUAUCGGUACAGCCAAGUUGCGCAACUUUAGCCCUUUCCUCAUGCUCGAUCACUUCACUAUCGGCAAGGGCGCCGGCUUCCCUGAUCACCCCCACCGUGGUCAAGAGACCAUUACCUAUCUGCUCUCUGGAGGUGUGGACCAUGAAGACUUCGCCGGUAACAAGGGUACCAUUGGACCCGGUGAUCUGCAAUUUAUGACUGCAGGUCGCGGCAUCAUGCAUGCCGAAAUGCCCCACGAAAACCCCGACGGUAGCCCUAACGUCGGUAUGCAGCUCUGGGUCGACCUACCUAAAAAGCUGAAGAUGUGCGAGCCCCGCUACCGUGAUUUACGCGCUACCGAGAUCCCCAUUGCAACGGCAGAUGACGGCCGUGUCACGGUUAAGGUCAUCUCUGGUCAGUCGCAUGGCGUUGACUCUGUCCGUGAUCUGGCUUACACCCCUAUCUGGAUCUUGGAUGUUACCAUACGUCCUGGUGGCCGUAUCUCUCAGCCUCUACCACAGGGCUGGAACACAUUUGCUUAUACCUUGUCCGGAAUAACGAUCUUUGGCUCCAAUGAUUCCACUAAGGUGGUCAAGGAGUUCCACAAUGUCGUGUUUGAGCAGGCUGGUGACCUUAUUGAGGCAUCUGUCCCAGAUAAUGCCGAUUCGGAGGCCCGCUUCCUGAUUGUUUCUGGUCAGCCGUUGGAUCAGAAGGUUGUUCAGUAUGGUCCGUUCGUAUUGAGCAGUCAAGAGGAGGUUUACCAGGCUAUGAUGGAUUAUCAAACCGCAUCAAAUGGAUUUGAGAAGUCUCGUGGGUGGCAAAGUGAGAUUGGAAAGCGGAUGGGAGCCUUUUAA